AUGGCACAGCUCGUUCCCUUGCCGGAAAUUGAGCGCCUCAGCGCGUCGGUAAUCAGGAUACUGGGAGGAAACCCAGGCAAGUUUACACUGCAAGGAACCAAUACCUACCUCAUUGGCCGCGGCCACCAGCGAAUCCUCAUCGACACGGGCGAGGGCAAGCCCACUUGGGCUGCUCGUCUGCAAUCCGUGCUCUCCGAGGAGAAUGCCACCGUUCACCAGGCCCUCCUCACUCACUGGCAUGGCGACCACGUAAAUGGUGUCGCCGACUUGCUCCGCAUCUGUCCUAAGGCUACUGUUUUCAAGCACCAGCCGGAUAGCGGACAUGAGGAUAUCCGCGAUGGACAGGUGUUUACCGUGGAGGGCGCUACUCUGACGGCGUGCCAUACGCCGGGACAUACGGUUGACCAUAUGGUCUUUAUGCUCAAGGAGGAGGAUGCUAUGUUUACCGGUGAUAAUGUCCUCGGUCACGGCACGGCCGUAUUUGAAGACCUUCAUACCUACCUAGGCAGCCUCAACCGCAUGCUCAACCGUGUGCAAGGCCGCGGGUACCCCGGACACGGCGCCGUAAUGGAGUCUACCAACUCGCGCAUUUCCGAGUACAUCAAGCACCGUCAGCAGCGGGAAGACGAGGUACUACGCGUUCUGCGGUACAGCAAGCUCGAUGUUACAGAAGGCGAGUCUGAGCCUGAGCGUAGAGGCUGGACGCCGCUGGACCUGGUCAAGGUUAUCUAUCGCGAUGUCCCGGAGAGCCUUCAUUUGCCGGCAUCUCAUGGAGUAGUACAGGUGUUGAUGAAGUUGGAGAACGAGGGGCGGGUAGUGCAUAAUGGUGAGUCCGGGGAGUGGCGUUUGGGUGAUAGGUCGGCGCUGUAA